AGAGAUUUUUUAGGAUUUUGAGAUUUUAUUAUGUUUAUGCUUAAAAGUAUAUUUCAUUUAAGUUUUCUAAAUGUGUUUGCUCUUUUCACUAUUCAGCUUAAAUAGAGAAGUAUGAGUCUGUCUGUGCAAACUCAAACAGGAAGUCUGCACAGAGCACAGUUUUAUUUUCGCUCUUCCUGUAUGUUUCUGAGUUACAUGAAUAUGCUUGAGUAUAAAUAAACGCUGACAACUGCUGCAGGGGUGUGAGUCUCCGUUGAGCUCUCACCCGUGUGCACGUUAAUUUGCAAACCUGUCUGAGUGUCAAUUAUUCUGACCUGAGUUGCAUUACAGGAAAACUCCUGACAUUUCUUGGUCCUCCGAGCCGGAUGGGACAACCCUUUUUGUGUAAUCCCACAGGAAAACCUCAUCGAGUCCUGACGUCGUGAGAAGCCCACGCUGAAGUCUGUCGACAGCUCCUGUCUAGGUACAGGAUAAAAGACCAGAGGCGUACAAUUCGGGUUCUGGCCAGCAUUCUUAUAAGUGGUCCACGACGGUGGGGGUCGAUGAGGCGGACCUGAGAGACCGACAGUGAAUCAGCAACCAGGGGGAUGACUGAAGCUAUCACCUUGCUAAUCCUUGCUGUCCAAACUGGCCUCAUUGAGCUGCAGGAGUUUGUGGAAGCACUUCCGUGCAGUUUCUCUCUGUCCCUUCCUGCUGACCUUUCCAGCGUACAUGGCUUAUAUGAUCUGCCAGUUCUUCCACAUGGACUUCUGGCUUCUCAUCAUCAUCUCCUCCUCAAUCCUCACCUCUCUCCAGGUGCUUGGCACUCUGUUGAUCUGUUGUUCACUUCAUGGUGGAGGAGUUUCGUAAAGCUCCAGUGGAGAACGUGGAUGAAGUCAUAUAUUGUGUAAAUGGGACCUACAGAUGCUGGAGUUUCUGGUUGCGGUGUGCGUGGUGUGCUAUGGUGUAUCAGAGACUGUAUUUGGCGAGUGGAGUGUGAUGGGAAGCACCAUCAUCUUGGUCCACUCGUACUAUAACGUCUGGCUCAGAGCCCAGCUGGGCUGGCAGAGCUUCCUGCUCAGGAGAGAUGCUGUAAACAAGACAAAAAGCCUCCCCACAGCUAGCAAUACACAGCUGGAGCAGUAUAAUGACAUCUGUGCUAUCUGCUUCCAGGACAUGACCAGUGCUGUGAUCACUCCGUGCAGUCAUUUCUUCCACGCUGGCUGUCUGAUGCCCUCUCUGUCAUUCACAACUCAAGAGCCAAUCACCAACUAACGGUGGAGCUACCCAAGAUACACCUGCAGCCAAUCACAUCGUCAAACCUCCAUUAUCAUCUUCCUCUUGUUCUUCUUCUCCUCUUGCAACUGAUUCUGUGCUGCACCAGUCCCCUGCAGAUCACCCUUCUGCAUCUUCUUUCUCUACCUCUUACACAUCAGACACACCCGACGCUCCUGCAUCUCUCUGCCAUUCUGUCUCCACCUUUCACCAACCAACUUCACAGGUACUGACCUAAGCAGAGGCGAACCCUGCUAAACCCGAAUCCCCCCCUCAGCUAAAAUCAGUCUCCCUUGUGGACAGCCAGGAAAACUCUACUGGUCCAUCAUCACAAUCUAACCCACCAACUCCCCAUUCAGUGGAACCUGUGUUUGGGUGUUAAUGGUAGCAGGUAUUUAGUAUUGCACACUGAUAUAUGUAAAGACUCCAGUGUGUGCAUAUGUGGUGUACAUUCACUGCUGUUGUGCAGUGUACAGUCUGACAGCAGCUGGAGGGAAAGGCCU